CUAAUUAGUGAUUUCAACAUGCAUGUCUUUCUUCCGAUCCCGUCCACCUCUUCUCCUCGUGCUCGUCGCCAGCGACAGCGUGCGUCCCACUCCCACCCGACGCAUCUCUUCUUGCUCGGUCCUCUCCUCAGGAUCCUCCAUCGCGGGGAGCUCCGCAGGUCAGAACCCGAAUCCUGCAGCAACCGCCUUCAACCGAUGCUUCUGGCGGACUUGGGUGUUCUUCCCAGCCAUGUCACGGAUCGGAGAUUCGAUGCCGAGGGAGCGGUCUGUCAAUUCAACAAGUCAUUCAAGGAAGGCUGAUGCGAAUGUGAGUGGUACACCACAUGACACUGCCAAACAUUGCCACGGUGAAGAGUUGGGAAACAUAGGAGGACAACUUUGCAAGAAUGAUGGCCACUCCUUCAAGGAGAGCUGCAGUAUCACAAAUUCUGAAGUCCUCACCAGAGUGAAAUGGUCAGAAGAGGAAAAUAAGAUGCUCACUCAAAUGAUCAACAAACAUGGGCUGAAAAACUGGCAAACUGUCGCACAUGCUAUACCUGGCCGAAGUGCACCACAAUGCCGACAAAGGUGGAGAUACAAAAUAGACUCUGCAAUAAACAAGGAGGCAUGGUCGGAACAAGAGGAGUUGAGACUGAUUCGUGCUCAUCAAAUCUAUGGAACUAAAUGGCGUGAGAUGGUCAAACAUUUUCCUGGGAGGACGAAUGGUGCAAUCAAAGAAUAUUGGAGAGGUCCUAUGAAAAGAAAAUUAAAUUCAUAUUUAUCGUCAGGUUUGCUUGAACAAUUUCCAGACAUUCUGGAAAACCUGUCAGGCACACAGAAUAAUAGUUUGGAUAUUCUGAAGGGGACUAAAGUUUCUGAUAUUCUGAAUGAUACUGAAGGUUUGUCCGAGAGAAAUGAAAUGCCGUCAGCUGUACCAAGAAUUUCCAUAUCUGAACUAGGCUUCACAGAAAUAGGUGAAAAUGCUGAUGUACCAGGGGGAGAAAGUGCAGAUUUCAUGUAUGCUAGAGUGGCAUCAGCCAAAGCCCCUGAAAACAUAAUCGCAAGAUCUGAGCAGCAUGCGAAAACCAGGAGGAAGUUGGAUUUAUUGUCAAGCCCAGUGGAACUCAAGUCAUCCAGUCAUGAAGUAAAUUCUCAAAGGCCUCUACAGCAAAGGGAACAAAUGAGUCCAGCUGUUGGUGGUGUCUCUCCAUCAAAUGGAUGCCAUGAUGUUUUACCAAAAAUCCCAUCAAAAUGUGCAAAGCCGGUUUUAUCACCAACUGGUAGCUACCAACCCAGUGAUGUUCAUUCUGCGGAAACCUCAGAUCCAUGUUCAUUAGAGCUAGACAUAUCAGAUCUUAUGGAAAUGUCAUACUUUGAUAACUUGUUGAUCUUUCCUCCUGGUUCUCCCCCUGAUGGUAACUCAAUGUAAAACGAGGAAAGUGACAAUGACCAAAAUUACAACCUCAGUUAUAUUCACUUGCACACUUUUGGCAAAAAAGGUGAUGAGCUAAACUCACUGUUACUGCCAUCGUCCUGUAAACUGACAGUUCCUGUAUCAUUUAGAUGAAAAUCUUUAGCCGAACAAAAGGUACAAUGAUAUUCAUGUCAUAGUCACUUGUUUGAAGCA